UUGGCAGCUGGGCUUGCCGCGGGGGCGCGCUUGGGCUCUGCCUCCUCGGCCUGCGCGUUCCCGCCGGCCGCCUCCUCCGCUUUUCAGUUCUCCGGCUGGAAUCGUUCCGGCCUACCUCACAGGGCCGUUGUAGAGAUUCGCACGCGAAAGCGCUCUAGGAAUCGGCAUCAUGGGCGACAACUCCGAGCUCUUCCGCCUCCGCGCCUCUGUUUGGCUCGAGGCUGGAACACGCCCUCCGGUUGCGGCUGGCGGGCCGGGCCCGGAAGAGUUGCAUCCACACCUCCGGCGAGGGACACGUGAACGGGGCCGGCACGCGAGCAGGGGCGAGGCCAGGAGCCGCGGACGGGCGGAGGCGCUGCUGCUGCUGCUGCUGCCGCGGGGAGGCGGCGGGGCUCGGCCGGCGCCCUUGCGGGAAACGCGCCCCUGGCACACCUUGGCAGACCUUGGGCUCCUCCCGGGGCAGGACAUGAGCCUCGUGGAACUGGCGAGUUUGCUGCUAAGGACCGAGGAGACCUUCUCGGCGUACCUGGCACGGAUCAACAGCGUCAUCCUGACACCCUUGUUGCAGUCAGGCUCCUUUGAGAAUUUGGACCUUUUUUUGCGACUGAAUGAGCAUUUCCACCUUCUCUGGGACUUGACUGAAGAGAGCUGUCGGACCCUGAAGCAGUCCUUCGGCAGCCCGGAAUGCAUCAGCGUCCAAGAUUUCUACCUGAUCUGGAAGGCGGACCUGUUCCUCGAUCGAUACAUCCAGUAUUUUUCUACCUUUGCCAGCUUUGCGGUCGUUCAGGGCUUUGAACAUGCGGCCAGGAUUAAAAGCGAGGUCUGGAAGUCGCACAAGCCGGCCCUGCAGCAGUUCCUCGCCGACUUCUCCCUGGACGCCUCGGUGGCCGUGGCUCUCCAUAUGGUGCUGCACAAACCCUUCCGGGAUCAGCUCCAGCAAUACACCCUCAUCCUCUCCAAGCUCCAGGGAUCUCCUGGCCAGUGCCCUGAAAAUGAAACCAUCUCCUACGCUUCUAACAAGUUUGCAAAGCUGGAAUCCUUCGUUCGGCAAGUCUUGGAUGAAGCUGGUCUUACCAGAGGCCUGUGGAAAUCCUUGGGACACAAAUUCACGGACGUUCUGCGUAUUCCGGAGCGGAGGUUGCUAGAAGACAGCCAAAAUCUUGCAGUCUUGUCUAGCACGGGUCGAUCGGAUCGUGUUCUGCUCUUCAACGAUAUCCUAGUGCUGAUCCAGGGGAGCAGUUUCCAAAGUUUUGAUCUGAGGCUUGUGUGGGUAGAGGCUGCCGGGAGAGACGCAGGAAAGUGCGCUGUCCGCAUCAUUACCCCCGAGGAAGAGUUUUUCCUUUUGGCCAAAGAUGCCAAAGCACAGGCUGUUUGGCAGUGGAAGGUGAACCAAGCGGUGCGGCAGGCCCUGAACGGGAAGAGGGACUUCCCUUUGUGGUGCGGAGACGGCGAAGGGAGCGACCCCCUGAGCUGCCGCCACUUCUCGUUCACUUUCAGGGCGGAGGGGAAGCUGAAGAAUGCAGCUUAUGAAGGAGAGUGGUGUCUGGGGAAGCCCCACGGCAAGGGAACCCUGAUGUGGCCGAAUGGCCGGAACUACGUUGGAGACUUCAAAGAAGGCCUGGAACACGGGUUUGGGAUCUGCCUCAUCCCUUGUGCGUCCGGGGAUUGUUACGACUGUUACAAGUGCCAUUGGCAGGAAGGCAAAAUGAGCGGUUACGGGAUUUGCGAGUACGGCAACGAGAUGGUCUACAAAGGGUAUUUCAAGGACAACCUGCGCCACGGAUUCGGCAUCCUGGAGAACCCUUCCAGUGCCAAGGGCCCAUUCAAAUACACGGGGCACUGGGAAAAUGGCAAACGGAGCGGUUAUGGCAUUUGGGAUGACCACGAGAGGUCAGAGAGGUACAUUGGGAUGUGGCACGAAGACCAGAGACACGGGCCAGGAAUUGUGGUCACGCAGUCCGGCGGCUGCUAUCAAAGGAUGUUCCACAUGGAUAAAAUGGUGGGCUCUGGGAUUCUUCUCUUGGAAGACAACUCUGUCUACGAGGGGAACUUCACACCAGACUUGACUUUUAUCGGGAAGGGGAAGCUGACCUUUCCCAACGGCUUCACCUUGGAAGGAAGUUUCGCCAACACAUCCAGCCAAGGGCUGCAGACCCAAGGAAUCCUGAACACUGCUGGUGAACAGCAGGACGAGCAGAUGUGCAAGCUCCAGCUGGGUCAGAAGGAAUUCCCCGUGGAGAUGAGGUGGGAAGGGCUCUUCAGCCAAUUCCAGGAGUUCAUCCAUUCGGGAUGCCACAGAGAUACGGAGGAGGCGUUCAUGGGAUUUCAUGUCCAGACCAGCAAAGAGCUGAGGAAGUCUCAGGAAUACCUGUUUUGCCAAAGAGAGAAUGAAGAGGUUCCGGUGAAGGUGGACAUUCUUGAAGAACUGACGGCUCACCAGGAUCAGGGCACUCUGCAAAACUACUUGGAACAGGCUUUCCAGAAUUCUCUGCAUCCGCUAGGGAAGCUGUUGAAGAUGCUGUCGCUGGCGUUCCAGGCUACCUACUCGACGACCGGCGCCAGCAGGCACCUUCUGACCAUGGCCCAAGAGGAGGUCAAGCAUUACGCUGAGAAAAUCUGGGAGUUCUACCUCGGCUUGCGACGCCUGGCCUUGGAGCGCAAAGGUGGGCCUUGCCCUGAAGAUCCGGAGAACAGUGAGCUGAACGGACCCAACGCCAUCCUGCCACUCAUCCUUCCGUGCUUCUAUCCGGACCUCUUCAUGUUAUACAUGCUCUACCAUGAAAAGGAGGAUGACCUCUACUGCCAGGGGGUGGUUGAGCUGAGUCAGGAGUCAGACGUGAAGCUGCUGGAGUUCCUGGAUGUCCGGAAACAUUUUUGGCCCCUCAAAGAUCUUACACUAACAAAGCAUCAGAGACGAUCUCUCGUCAAAGACCGCUGCUUCCUUUCUGCUACUGACUGUCUGCGGAAUCUAAUCACAACCGUCGACCCCCGGGAGAAACUGGACAUCCUCCAGAAGACGUACGACGAGAUUGCAAAAACGAUCUCUCGGCUGCUGGGGGAGGAAUUCAACCCGUCCAUGGACGAUCUCUUGCCCCUCCUGAUGUACGUUGUGACACGAGCAAGGAUACAACGUUUAGGAGCAGAGCUGCAUCUGAUCAGAGAUCUGAUGGAUCCAACAAGUUCAGGAGGCAUGCACGAUUUCCUGCUCACCGCGCUGGAGUCCUGUUACGCGCUGAUCCAGAAAGAAAUCCAGUACCACCAGAGCUGGCACGCGUCGCAGAAUUCUUGAAUGUGGCACACAUACCCUACUGUGCUUCCAUUCGGAUGGAUGGAGCAAGAAGGAACUCAUGGGAGUUGCUGCUAUGUUGUAUUGCUGUUUCCUAUGGGAAUGGGUGUUUUGGGGGGAAAACACUUUUUUUUUAGUGUCACUGAAGGUAUGAGGGUACAAGGAAAGGGUCUUGAUUUCUUCGUGGGACAGACUCCCAAGUUCUGAGCCGCUGAUGUGUGUAUAGAGCCGUGGUGGCGAACCUUUGGCACU